AUGGUGGCAGGCCAGUAUGGAACCGCAUACCUCGUGUCCUGGGACGAGGAGAAAUGUGGAGAAGAGCGAAAGGGCCAGUACAAAGAUGGAGACCAGGCUGUCGCCAAAGUGGUGGGACUCGAGUUCCUUCCGGAGAAGGAGCACAACUUCGCCUUCCAGGAAGUGGAGCUCAUGAGGGCUCUGCGCCACCCCCAUAUCGUGGCACUCCGAGACCAUUUUCUGACAGAGGCCAGCUUAGAGCUCGUCAUAGUCAUGGAGUUUUGCGACAGCGGGGACCUCCGAGGGGAGGUCAAGCGACGGACACAGGCGAAGCCACCCAACCUACUUCCAGAAGCCACCAUCAUGACUUGGUUCGUGCAGAUGACACUAGCGCUCAACUACAUGCAUCAGCGUCAUAUCCUUCACAGAGAUCUCAAAAGUUCCAACGUUUUCCUGACAACCGCACCGUCUGGCAACGGCGACUAUGAUGUCCGGAUUGGGGAUUUCGGCAUCUCCCGGGUCCUCGAGGGCACGGUCGACGUUGCGGCAACUGUCGUCGGAACACCGUACUACAUGUCUCCCGAGGCUUGUCGGCAGAUCCAUGGAGACCCGAAGAACCACAGCAUACUUCUUCCAGACAUCUUAGCGCAGCAUGAAAUCAACAAGUGUUUCAUCCUUGGAACAUUCGCAGGUGUGCCCGCAGGUGCCACCUUGGCUGUCGGAGAUGCGGCUGUCAGUUGCCGAACACCUUGUGGCCUUUAUCGCCGGCUGCGUCUUGAGACCACUGGCACCUAUCAGCUGCAGGAGCCCCAAGGUGCUGGCUGCCUCUGCGGCGCGGUGAGGCUGAGAUUGCAAGAGCCUCCCAUCCGGCUCAUGCACUGUCACUGCAGCAUGUGCCGGCGACAGGGCGGUGGUGCCUUCAUGACCUGGGCCGCAUACCCGGAUUUGGCGAUCGAGGUGCUUCAAGGCCGCCGAGCAUUGCGAAGGUUCAACAGCUCUGACUUUGCCAGCCGCACGUUUUGUCCGAAAUGCGGUUCCACAAUUGCUUUGAAUUACCACGGACAGCUCGGCACCACUUGGCUUGCUGCUGGCAUGAUUGACGGUGACAUCGGAUGUUGCCCGGACAGCCACAUCAUGCUCAACUACAAGGCACCUUGGUUCGACCUGACCGAGCACGUGCUGCAUCGGCCAAAGGCAGCUCCAAAGCCGCCGGUCAAGUCUUCCAUGGAGAACUUAAAGAGAGUUGAACCAGAACCUGUUCAGCCCAUCAUAGAGGAUCAGCCGGUUCGGCGAGAAUGGCAUGCACCGCCUUUCGUUUCGACACCAGCACCGCAGCAUACGCUGGCGGAGGGCGAGCUCAGGGUGCGGGUACUACUCAGCCGCGUUCGCAGGGGCCUGUCGGCGCGUCGACAGAACUGGCUUCAGGUAUUCGCCAGCUUCGAUAGGAAAGGCGACGGGCAGCUAAAGGAAGCUGAGUUCGAGCGGGCCGUGACUUCCAUGGCUCUGGGGCUCAGUGACCAAGAAAUUCGCGAGGCCCCUAUGAACAUGCGACCACAGUGUAGGAUUUGCUGCAGGCAAUUGUGGGCAGCGUGUUUGACAUCUAGAGAGCGGCAUGUGCUGGUGCCGCAUGCUGCGCCGUUUAUAGCCAGUCGCCCAGCAGCUCAUGCAGGAGCGGCCAUAUGGUUUGACAUGUUCGACUUCGAGGCCAUGGAAGUAAAUGGUGCAGUCGGCCAAGCUACCAGGCGGGGAGCAGAAGAUGUGGACAAAGAUGGAAACACUGCGCUGCAUCGACUUCUGGCCGCUGCAUCACAGAGUGGAUCGGAGACAGCGACGGACCCGGUGCGGCGCAUGCUGAGUGCGAGGGCAGACGUCAAUGUCUCCAAUGCUUUGGGAGAGACGCCACUUCUGUCGCUGUUGAGGGCCUCUGGGGAUCUGAAUUCCACGCGGGCUUUGUGCACCAUUUUGCUGCGGGCAAGAGCGGACCCGAAUUGCAGUGACUCCAUCACGGGCGAGUCGGCUUUGAUGGAAGCUGCAUGUCUGGGUGACAGGAGCUUGUGCCUCUUGCUGCUUCAGGCCCAAGCGGACAUCAGUCAAUGCAAUUCUAACGGGCAGCAGGCAAGCGAUGUUGCCAUAGCAGCUGGCCAUUCGGAAUUGGCACAGCUAUUGGCCAAAGGCACAGGAGCUGAUGAGCGAAACGAUCCGGCUGCAGCCGAGCUUGGCAUCCGGUCGUCGCCGCGUGAACAGCAGGACCUGCCACAAGACCCUGGCGCAACAGCAGAAAGCUCCGUGCCACCACAGCGACCGAAAGGGCGACCUCGAGGGCGCGGGGCACUCUCCGGUGCCAUGCAGAAGCGCUGCGAGGAACAUGGCGUUCCGCUAGAUGUUCUGGGGCUGGUAGCUUCAAGUGAGCUCCUGAAGGAGAUAGAUCGAUGGCAGACGCUGACUGAAGCAGAGCUGGCUUCGGAGUGGGAGGCCCACGGCAUGGAGACGGAGACCGAGAGCAUGAGGCCCCGGGAUGAGUUGGAAGCGCGACUUAAGCAGCUACGACUUUGGCGUUUGCUGCCCAUGGAGGCACUUCAAGAUGCCUGCCGACGCGAGGCUGGGCAUCUGGUGACUGCGGACGAGGGCCCGCUUUCGCGGCAAGAGCUAGUGGAGGCUCUUCAAGUGGCGACGUGGGGCGGGCUGACGCGGCUUCAGAGAACUAGGAAACGCUGUGCCGAGAAGGGCAUCCCCGACAAGAAGCUGGAAAAUCGCGAAAGGGCUGAGCACAUACUGCAAGAGUUCGAGAAGUUGGAGAACAUGAAAGAAGCAGACCUCAUCAGACAGUACAAGGGCAAAGGCUUUGCCCACGAUGCGGACUUGAGCCAGGAUGAGUUGCUGUCUGCCUUGAAGGAAUAUGUGCUUUUUCAGGAGAUGUCGCUGUCGCACCUUCGACAGAUCUGCAAAGAGAAGAACUUGGCCAUCAGGGGCGAGCACCGGCGCACAGAGCUUAUUGCCUUGGUUACAGCUGACAGCUGGCAGCGCUUUCAGAUUCCUGUCCUCAAGAUGCCAAGUACUCUCGUGGCGCAGGGAUUGCUGGAUCAAGUUCAACGAUUCCAGAAGAAGGAGCUGCCGCAGUUGCGCCAUGAAUGCCGAAAGCGGAACUUGCCUGCGGAGUCCCAUCCACGCAAACAGGACUUGAUAAAUCGAUUGCGGAAUCACUUGGUCUGGUCGCAGAUGACAACGGAUGGUCUGCGGGAGGAAUGCCAAGCCAGAGAAGUGAAGUUCCAGACUGUGCAGGUGGCCUCGAAUGCGUCUCACAUGUUGAAGAUGCAUGCAGAGAGAGCUGAGAAGAAGGAAAUGAUUGAUGCUUUGCAUUCCUGGCUCGUAACCGAGAUGCUUGAGCUGAAGGGCAUUCCUGUCAAAACCGUGGGGCAUGAAGUUGGCUUGGGCAUCUUCACGGAGGUUGAGCGCUACGAAUCUAUGCCGGCGUCUCUACUACAGGCAGAGUAUGCGACGCUUGGGAUGCCCAGUGAGCCCAACCUCGACGACAAGGAGCUUCUGAGGCGAUUGAAGCAAGUACUUAUUUGGUCACAGCUUUCGGUUGAUGAGCUGGUAAAGGAAUGUGAGGCGAGGGAGCUCAGUUCUGGUGGCUUUCCCAACCGGCCCAGCGAAGCAGACAAGAUCCAAGUGCUGAUGGACCGACUUAUACUCAGCCUUGGUGUGGAUGGAUGGGAAAAACAAGGCAUCCCGGUCUAUCGGCUAACCAGCCUGGAGGCAGCCAUUGUCAUAGUCGAGGAACUUGGCCGGCUGGAGGCUGCAAAGCAGGCAGAUGUCAGCGCAGCGUACCGUUUGCUGGGCCUGCCACCUGAAGCCCUGGACAAAGCAGCGAUGAUCUCCCGAUUGAAGCACUAUCUUGUCUGGCAAGAGCUCCGGCCAGCAGAGCUCCGCAAGGAGUGUCUCAAACAUGGCAUCUCUGCACUGGGAGAUCCUGAGGAGCUUAUUGCGCUGCUUGUCUUGAAGAAUUGGGGCGUGCUGCCAGAAGACUGGGAGGCACCAGACCCUCCCGACUGGUCACGUUUCGAGCCACCACCGCGGCGACAAAGUCCAGCUCCUGCUCCGCCUUCAGCCAAAGUCGCUGCAGCCUUCCGCGAGUGGCUCGGCUGGGACUGGAGCUGUCAGCAAGCCAUGAACAGGUUCGGAAGGCAUAUCGCAAGCUGGCUCUACAACACCACCCGGACAAAAAUCCUGGACUGCAUCAAGACCAGGCACUUCACUGGACAUUCGAUGCCAAGCCCAGCGGGAAUCCGGAAUGCCGUGAUCUCUGAGCCCUGGGAUUGGCAACCAGAGCUGGAGCUCCAGAAAAGGCAAAGGCAAGAGGCAGCAGCAUGGCCCAAGCGAGUGGAGGACUGGGCGAAGCUGCUGCUGAACGAACUUGCGCAGAAGGCCAUGACCGAGGACGACGCCGAGAUCUCAAUCGAUGACACGUUUGUGAUAUUUCUAGGGCCAAAGCUCGAGACGUGUAUCCUGGAGCUCAGGUGCGAAUUCACAGCCGGCUUGCAAAGCGCCAUGGGUGCAAAGCUGAAUGGGUGUGAAGGCAUUGUGGAGACCUGGAAUGCUGCAACUUGCCGCUGGAAUGUCCGGAUUGCAGGAGUUGGUGUCAAGUCCAUUCGCGAUGAGCACCUUGAGCAGCUCAAUCCUGGAGCAUUCGGCGCACCGAAAAUGCCUGCAUCUUCCACAGGAACUGAUACGAUAGCCAUAUAUCGACUUCUUUGCAAAGACGGUGUCACUGCAGUUCAUGAGAGCGACUUCCAAGCGGUCGUGCAGCGCCUUCUCCCUCAAAGUGAAGAGCAGCACAAAAAGCUCCUGUGGCUGCUGCCAAAGUGCCCUGAUGGCAAAGUGGACGUUCCCGAGGCCCUAUCACAGCUCGAGAAAGGAUUCGAUCAGACUACGCAGCCCGGUGCAACUUUGGCGGGAGGAGUGGGACGAGCUCCUGUUGCAGCGGGUGGUCCACCUGUACCGUUGGUUCCUGGUCCACUGAACCCCGCACAAGGGCGUCCUCGCAACACUGGGCUGAGAGGGCCAGGGGGUUUGCCCUCUCCCAUGGCCCCGAACCCGACUUCCUGUUCAAGCAAGCUACGCACGAGAGUCUUCUGUCAGCCUCCACCAUGCUGGAUUGCCUUUUCGGCUUUUUCGUGGGCACAGGCAUUGGGGCGUACAAAUCAGCUCAGUUGA